CUGCUUUCAGAUUGCCAACAAAAGUGCUCGCAGUUUGCAUUUUGCGGCAGACACAGUUACAGGUCGAGUGGGAGAUCGCAAAGUGAAAAUUGAGAAAGACCUUCCAAGUAAUUUGAUCAAAGAAAAUCAUGUCUAAUCUUUUUGCCGCGUUGGUGGUUUUGUCUCUGGUAGCUAUAUCUCAAGCCGGAGACCCGUGCGUUAAAGAUUGCGGCAAACAAUGUACGCCGAGGAUUGGGGAUGAUAUUCUCCCAACUAAUUGUUGCCCUUAUUAUGAUUGUAAAAGAGCAGCAGACGGAGUUCAUAGGUGUCAGGGUAAUAUGUUCUGUACUUUGCCGGGAAAUUUAAAAAGGCUUAAUGCGUUUUUAGAUGACCUCAAAAAGCGCGAAAACGAAGAACAAAGGCUUAAUGGAUUUUUAGAUUACCUCAUAAAGCGCCGCGAAAACGAAGCACAAAGGAAGCGUGAAUUCUUGAAACGAAACAGUGUCGGACAAGCCGGACCUUAUUAAUCACCAGUAAUUCAAGUUUCCUCUAAACUCAGCCGGUUUUUUCAACACAGUUUAGACUUCGACAUAAAAUAGUGUUAUGUAAUUAGCUUCGUUAUAUUUAUAAGCAUAUUUAGCUGCCAUUAAAAGUAUAACUAUCACUACAUAAUUAUCGUCACCAGUCAAUGUAAAGUUCUUUUUCUUUUUUUUUCAUUUAAAUACAUAAUAAUUGCUUG